UAUAGCAUUUUCCACAAUUACCUCCCUUUGUUCGAAUUUUAAACGCAAUGGAGGACUCUACUGCAAACGAAAAUAAUAAAGAAAUGCAAGAUAGUGACGACGAAGAAAAGGCCGAUGUAGAAAUGGAAUGCGAGAAAGAUUCAGAUUCCAAUGACUCGGACAGCGAAAAUGAGGAAUCGGAGAGACAGGUUGCAGAACUUCAGAAACAGAUAUCAAAGAACCCAUACCUGUAUGAUGUUCACAUAGAUUUAAUAAAGUUAUUGAAACAACUUGGAGAGUUAGAACAGCUUAGAGAUGCAAGACAACGAAUGAGUGAAUUAUUUCCCUUGGCAGAAGGUUUGUGGUUAGAAUGGCUUAAAGAUGAGAUUUCAUUAGCUGGUGAUGAUCAGAAAGAAAGGAAGAAAGUAGAAGACUUGUUUGAAAGAGCUGUCAAAGAUUAUUUAUCUGUUAAAAUAUGGCUGGAGUAUGUACAGUUCUCUAUAGGUGGAAUGGCAUCACAGGAUGGUGUGAUCAAGAUCAGGGAAGUGUUUGAAAAAGCUUUGUCAUCUGCUGGUUUACAUGUUGCACAGGGAUCCAGUUUAUGGGAGGCUUACAGAGAGUUUGAAAAUGCCAUCUUGAUGGGCGUUAUGCCUGCCCCAGGACAAGUAGCUACUAAACAGCAGGAAGAUGAUUUUGAUGUACAGCAUAAAAGAAUAAUGGCUUUGUUUAAAAGGCAAUUGUCAGUUCCAUUAAAUGAUAUGGAGGAGAGUUUUACAGAGUAUAAGGAGUGGCUACAGGGUGAAAUAGAUAGUCAGAUUAAACAACAGUUCCAUAAAGCUCUAGAAUACUACAAGAAAAUACAACCUUAUGAAAAAGAUUUGUUAACCAAAGAGGAUAAGAAAGAGGUGUACACCUCCUAUAUAGAUUAUGAAGUAUCACACGGUACUGCAGCCAGAGUUAUAUGUCUGUAUGAAAGAUCUGUCCAAGAAAACUGUCUAGAACCUGAGGUCUGGAUUAAUUAUACACAGUACUUGGACUCAAAGUUGAGGGAUGAAACAUUAUCAAUUCCUGUAUUUGAAAGAUCAGUGAGGAACUGUCCAUGGUGUUCCCAGUUGUGGAGCGACUACUUGUUAACAUUAGAAAGGGCCAAAAAAUCUCAUCAAACAGUAAAAGGUACAGUAGAUCGAGCUUUGUCCUGUGGGUUUGCAGAAGGAGGCAGUUAUUUACAGAUAUGGACAACCUACUGUGAUAACUUAAGAAGAUGGAUACGGUGGGAUGAAGAUCAUGAGGAACAAUUAACCCUAUUUAGAGCAAAUAUUGAAAAGGCAGUAGAACAUUUAUAUACCAUACCUGAUGGGGAUCCCAGUGGAAGUCUGAGACAAUUCUGGGCCAGUAUUGAAGCUAAAUAUUGUAAGAAUGUGACCAAAGGUAGAGAAUUAUGGAAUGAAAUCAUGACAGAGGGCCAUGGAAAUGAAGCCGCCAUGUGGCUCAACUUUUAUCAUUUUGAGAGGUGCUAUGGUGAUAAUAAACAUUGCAGAAAGUUGUUACAAAGGGCACUUAACUCUGUAUCAGACUGGCCUGAGAGUAUUGUGGAUGCCUUUAUUAAUUUUGAAAGAGAGGAAGGUGAUUUGGAGCAGUAUGAAUCAGCUUUAUCUAAAUGUAAUGCACAAAUGGAUAGAAUCAAAGAAAGAAGAAAACAGGCAGCAGAGAAAGAAGAAGGAGAGAAAUCCAAAUUCCAAAAAGGAGGGAAGAAACAACAGAAAACAUUUGACAAAGGUCACCAUACUGACAAAGGUCAUCAUUCUGACAAAGGUCAUCAUUCUGACAAAGGUCAUCAUUCUGACAAGAAACAACAGUUUAAUAAAAAAGACAAAAAUACAAAAUUUGAUAAAAGACAAAAUGAAAGUAGUGAAAAAGUGUUCUUCAAACCAUAUCAAAAGAAAGAGAUGAAGCAUGAAGAUACAAGUGAAAGAAUUUCAUUGGAUGAAGAUCAAAAGGCAAGCAAUGGGUUGAAAAGGAAGGCAGAAGACGAUCAAUCUUCAGAAUCAGUAUUCAAGGUACCACCUCCUCCCGGGUUCAAAGGUCAAAAGUCAGGACCACCACCAGGGUAUAAAGGAAAGAAGUCUGAGCCUCCACCAGGUUUCAAAGGUCACAAGGCUGGGGUUUCGGAACCACCUCCUGAAUUUAAAGGGAAAAGUUCUGAGGGUGAAGAACCACCAGCUAAAGUACAAAAAACUGAUGGAGAUGACAGAUUACAUGAAGGUCAAGGUGACAUGGGACCUGACAAGAGUUCAUGUACAGCAUUCGUUAGUAAUCUGGCUUAUGAUGUAGAUGAGGAUCACAUUAAAAACACGUUUUCACAGUUUGGAGAAAUAAAGGAAAUCAGAUUGAUAAAGAAUUUCAAAGGAAGAUCGAAAGGCUACGCAUACAUAGAAUUUCCAGACGAGUUGUGUGUAAUAGAAGCAUUGAAGUUUGACCGUACUCCAUUAGAUGGACGACCAGUAUAUGUGUCCAGGUGUGAAGACAAAUCAGUCAGAAAACCACAGUUUAAAUUUGCUACAGAAUUAGAAAAGAACAAACUAUUUAUAAAAGGCCUACCAUUUACCUGCACAAAGGAAGCCCUGUCUAAUAUAUUCUCACAGCAUGGCAAGUUAAAGGACGUCAGAUUAGUAACAUACAGAAGUGGGGCUCCAAAAGGGUUAGCUUAUGUAGAAUAUGAGAAUGAGAAUGAAGCCACACAAGCUGUGAUGAAAACUGAUGGCCUAGCGAUCGGGGAACACACAAUAUCUGUGGCUAUAAGCUGCCCACCAGAUAGGAGACCACAAAAGGAUCAGUUUGUACCAAGUCUAGGAAGUGGCAAGAAAGAAACUGAAGUAAGAGGAAAAGCUAGAACACAGGUGUCAUUGUUACCAAGGGCACUAAAGACAGGAGGAGCAGCUUCAUCCAAUGAAAAACCUUCAUCCAAAUCAUCAUCAGCAACAGCCAAUGAAAAGCCAGGAUCUAAAGAACAAUCUGGCAAAUCAAAUGAUGACUUUAGAAAAAUGUUAUUGGGGAAUAAAUAAAUUUUAGUGGAAAAAAAAUAUUAAAAAAAAUAAUAAAAAAUAUUGAGUUGUA